GCUCGCGGUGCCGGUGUCUCCGCCGCGACGCCACCGCGGCUAGCCGUCCUCGCGUGUCGGGGCGCGUGCUGUUCCGGUCAUGGCGGUUCGGAGGCACGUGGUGUGCGCGCUGUCCGGCGGGGUGGACAGUGCCGUGGCCGCGCUCCUGCUCAAGCGCGCAGGAUACUACGUGACGGGAGUUCUCAUGAAGAACUGGGACCACCUGGAGGAGCGCGGCGCGUGCGCUGCGGAGCAGGACUGCGAGGACGCCUACAGGGUGUGUAGGACGCUAGACGUGCCCUUCCACCAGGUGUCCUACGUCAAAGAGUACUGGAACGAAGUGUUCAGUAAUCUUCUGAAGGAGUACCAGAGUGGCAGGACACCCAACCCAGACGUACUGUGUAACAAGCACAUCAAAUUCAAGCACUUCUUCCAGUACGCCGUCGGCACGCUGGGUGCUGAUGCUAUGGCAACGGGGCACUAUGCCAGGACAUCCCAGGAGGACGAGGAGGCGUUCCGACGGAGAGACGUCCCCCUUCCUCGGCCUCUGUUCAGGGAUCGCUUUGAGAUCAGAAACCCGGUAAGACUGUAUCAGGGAGCCGAUCGCCUUAAGGACCAGACGUUUUUCCUCAGCCAGAUCUCCCAGGAUGCACUGCGCCGGACACUCUUCCCCCUUGCAGGGCUGACUAAAGAUUUUGUGAAGAAGAUGGCAGCGGAGGCUGGCUUCCAGCAUCUCCUAAAUAAAAAGGAGAGCAUGGGAAUUUGCUUCAUUGGAGAAAGAAACUUCGAGGAUUUCAUUUUAGAGUACUUGGAGCCACAGCCUGGAAACUUUGUCUCCGUCGAAGAUGGGAAGAUCAUGGGAACGCACAAAGGCUGGUUCACCUUCACUUUAGGACAGAGGGCGAGGAUCGGAGGGCAGAGGGAUGCCUGGUUUGUGGUGGACAAGGACGUCAGCUCGAGGGACGUAUUUGUGGCUCCGGGGACCAACCACCCAGCGCUGUACCGAGACACGCUGCGGACCGAUCGGUUCCACUGGAUCGCCGAGGAGCCGCCGGCUGAGCUGGUGCACAGAAAAAUGAUGGACUGUCAGUUCCGCUUCCAGCAUCAGAUGCCCCUCAUACCGUGUACCGUGACUCUGAACCAGGACGGAUCCGUUUGGGUCACCAUGCACCGGCCAAUCAGAGCGCUGACGCUUGGACAGUUUGCAGUGCUUUACAAGGGGGAAGAGUGCCUGGGCAGCGGGAAGAUCGUGCGCCUGGGUCCCUCGCUCCACACCUUGCAGCGGGGCCGGGAUCGCCUGAAGACCGCCUCUGAGAGCGACGGCGAUCGCACCACGGGGCCGGUCGGCUGAGGAGCUCGAGUGCGGCUCCAGCGUGAGAGCGGCGCCGCUUUCGCAGGCGUGCGGAAAGGACUCUCUGCGAUCUUGAGCCGCUCAGCUCCUAAGACACAUUUCAACGCCUCACACAAUGACUGGCUACUGCUUUAGGGUUGUACACUGUUUCACUUCAGAGCUGGAUGGUUGGUACGUGCUACUGGAUGGGAUGUGACCUGUGUGAGUCAUGCGUUAAAUCAAGGUAUACAUUUAAAUCAAAAUUCAAAUCAGAGCAGCAGGUGAUACUCUUUAAUAUGUACAAAUGUGGUUGUUUUGUUCGGUGUUGUCAGUUUCCACACUGCAUGUUUCUUUUUGAACCUUCGACAAAAGUGCCUUUUACCCAGAUUUGUGUCAUUUGUCUCCUAAUUUGGGUUUUUGGGUUCUUUACUCCAAGAUCUAGUAACGUUGUGCGGAAAUUGUUUUCUCCAAAAGUAACUGACAUAGAAGUUGUUUGAAUGUCAGAAAAAGACCUACUGAGACACAGUUCCACAUCAACUGUCGUAGUUAAAGAAAAAAACGUAUACAGUUUGUAAGUGGAAAAUAAAUUUAAGUCCAGAUGAAUCCGAAAUGUGAGGCAGCUCUUUUGCACAGCUCUGCUGUCCUGGAAGAAGCAUUUGGGCCAUUUUGUGUAUCACAAUAACACAUGUCGCAUUCAUGUCUAUUAUUGUACUCUUUGUGGCCGUGAGGCCCGUUCAUUUUCCACUUUUUAGUUUGGUUUUUAGCUUCCGAUUUUGUUUAACUUUUGUUUUUAAACUUCUUCACAUUAAAAACUCCCUUUCAGGGCACAUGACAGUAAUGUGAAAGGUUUUUUAAAACGAAUGAAAAAUCAUUCAUCUGCUAAACAGUGGCCUCAAAUUAUUCACAUCAAUGUAUAAAUUUUUGUUUGGACAUAGCGCAGUAAAAGCCUGAAGUUUUCCUCAGUUUUUGGUGAGCUCUUUAUCCGCACUGUUUAUGUUAUUCUGCUUUUUCCAGAUUUAUUACGGGGCCGAAUUAACGGAAUGUAUGCAAUACAGUAAACGGACACAGUGUACAGACGGAGGUGUCCGCUAGAGGGCGCUCAGCGAACUGGUUAUUAA